AUGAAUUUUUUGACGAAUUUUUUUCCCCUCAUUGCAGCCAAGAAUUUAGAGCAAGCAAAGCAAUGCUCCCUUGAAAAUGCGCUUGUCACUUGCUCACUGUCAAACAGCAUCCUGCAAAUUCCAGAGAUGGACUGUGAGAUGAUCGAAGAAAUCAUUCCUUCAUGCAUGAGAGUGAGAAGAGGUCCGCCAGGGCAAAAGAUGAUUCAAGUUCCGUUUGAACAGUGUUUAACAGAAGUCUUCAUAAACGAUGAUGGCUUUUUCAGCUAUCGAAACUCGUUUAUGUUCAAUGGCGAAGUAAAAAGUUUUACCUGCAAUUCAAAAGUCAACUCACUCGUCAGUUUGAAUCUCUCAAGCGAUGACGAAGACCAAGAACACAUGGCAGAUAAUUCGAAAAUCUUUGACAUUGAGCUACUUGAAAAGGGAGAAAUGGAGGAGUACACAAUUGAAAUCAGCGCACAAAGUCAAUCGGUCCCAUCUUUCCUCGAGUACCGCGUUGAAAGCUGCGUAAUGACCGAUCAUUCUGGUGUUGAGAUGAAAGAAAAGCAAAUCGUAGAAGACUUCUGCCCCGCGAUUAAAUUGGUCAAUGCCUUACCUUCUGGAGGUCUUCCCUUCUACGAAACGACAAAAAUCAGAUUCAUGACGGAAAAAGUCGACAAAAGUAAAAUUUCGACCAAGUGUGAUUUGCGAAUCUGUUUGCGAGGAUCAGAAAACAAUCUUUGUGAAACACAAUGUUAA